AUUCUACAUUUUGCUCCUACCGAACACGUUUCUAUCUUCUCGCGGAAAAUGUUAGAGAACUUCAGCAACUAAAUUAGAUUGCCAUAAACUUGAAGUUAUUUGGAACUGCUCAUAACUUACAGGAUAACAUGCCCAACUGCCUAGGUCUUGUCACCAGCUAAAGUAUUUUCUUCUGAUCGAGCUUUUUAUCAGAAUGAUAUGGGUUAAUUUGGACACGGUAGUGAUCUGCAAACUUGUAUACGUCUCCACGGCUUUGAACUUAUAACUUCUUUUUACUACAUUCGCUCAGUUUUCUUGGAAAUUAAUCAACAACGAAACGUUAUCUUGACUUAUAUCAUGUUCAUUGUCAAUUUUUGCAUAUUUGUGGGAAAUAUUGUUUGAAAUAUAUGUAAUGUUUAAUGCAAAGUCCGGUUAAUCAUGGAUUGGGUGCACUGGCAUUAUAUUGGCUUAGGGGCACUGCUAUUUGUGGAAUUCGUGACUGGACUAUCAUCGGGAAGAUCCGAGAGCUUCUUAAACUAUGCGAGCUACGACGGUUGCUAUAAUGCUACGUGCAUGGGCCAUAGCAAAAUGAAUUUCACCUUUAAUGUGUCACGGAAUUCCAGUUACACUCCGGAUAAUUGCACCGGGUUGUGCUACGAUGCCGGGUAUCCGUGGGCAGGCAUCUUGAGGGAGACGGAGUGUCUAUGUCUUUGCCUGAACUGCAACAAAAGUGGACGUGUUCCUAAAGAGUAUUGUGGUAUACCAUGCACCGGUGACAUACAACAGUUUUGUGGUGGUCGAUACUGGACGUCUAUAUACCGCAUAAACUUCGGCUUUAAUCGAUCUGCUGAUUGCGAUACACAAUCGUUUCAUUUCAAUUGGAAAUUAAUUGGAAUUGCCACAGGUGGUGCAACAAUCAUCGUCGUUCUAAUCAUCGUUAUUGUCAUGAUUGUGGUCCACGGAUGCACCUCUUCAGGAGAGACGAGUAGGAGAGUCAGACGUAAAACACGACGACCUUACUCCGAUUAUAUUUUCAUGAUCCGGCGGCGUCCCAGCUCUGAACGGAAACCGAAGCAGAGUCGUGUUCCUAAACGCAACCUCGCCGCAGCUACCGCCGCCGACGUACCACCAUUACCACGACGCAAUCCCGUCAAAAUAAAUACCCGACCACCGUUAGCGGUGCCCGGUUCAGUGGUGUACCAUGAAAUAUGCGAGAACGGGGAAGAAGAAACCACAACUUUAUAAGACAGAAAACGAGGUGUUCUUGCCACUAUUCCAGCUUGCAAUGUUGAUGACAACGUUGACAGUGGUGGUACCGAUGGUGUUAUGGUGAUUUUUAUUCGUUAACCCGACUGCUUAGAACAUGAAGAAAGCAUGUCAUCAUGAUCAUGUUGUGACGAGUUCUCCCCCGGGGACCUUGGUCCCGUUUCAUCAAGACUUGUACAAUGACAAAUUAAUACACAAUUUCUGUACCAAAUGAACUAUUAGCCAAUAAAAUUGAAGGAUUUCAGUAGCUUUAGAUGUUAUUGUAAAUAUGUUAUUAUAACAAGUUUUUUUUUUAUGAAACAAGCCCCUGAUAGUGAAGAUAAAUGCCUACCAAAACGGUUUAAGAGCGCACCGAGUUUGUUCAAACUACCAAAUGAACCGCUGUGCCUCAAUAUAGGCCUAUGUCAUUGAUGCUGAAGAAGAAAAAAAAACGAAAUUUAAGGGGUUGUUAUAUAAUGGGCAUAUAUAGGAAGAAAUUUCUAGUGAAUUUGAUGAUGAAGGUGUAUAGACACGCACGACAGUAUUUACACUUUUGUGAUUAGCAUGAUAUGAGAACUUAUUCUCACAAGGCCUCUGUGCUUUUCUUCUCAAGUUCUCUUUCAUUCAAUUAUGAUAUUUAAUCAAGGCAAUGUUUUGUUUAUUCAUGAAAUGAUUUACUUUGUAUUAUUGUAUGUAUUUCUAAUUUGUUUGCAUUGUACAUAUGUUUUUUUAACCUAUUUGAAUUUGAAUGAAUAAAGAAUUGAAUUGAAUUGAAUUGAAUUGAAAUGAAAAAAAUUGAAAAAUGAUUAGAGGGCGGAAUCUUUGGGCUUCUUCAAGGUUUCUCGAGAGGAGUAUGCAGAUGGCGCACUAUACACUAUAGGCCUACACUAAGAAAUGGGGGUUCAAAUUUGAACCCUAGGGGUGGGGGGUUGGUACAAUAGCAGCGGCCCAAGGGGUGCUAAUGAGUGUAAUUAUGCUCAUUAAUUUUGUGAGUUUUUAAGGAUGCAAUUAGCGAUAUUAUGCACCUGCAGAGAUGAACCAUAUAAGGAAUGAGCAAUUAAUCAACCUUAGAAGGUGAAAAGGUUGCACUUUUUAUGGUGCUAGGUGCAAAAUUAUAUAAAAGGUGCAUUUGUACCUUUUUUCCUAAAUGCACUAAAGGAGUAAGAUUACACCCAAAAGGGAUAUACCAGUGUUUUAUUUAGGGUGUAACAUUUUCUUACGAUGUAUAUAAAAAUGUGAUUUGCUCUUUUGAUCAUGUUUGUAAUUCAAAUUCUCUAAAAACUAGAAAGUGAACUGUAACACUUUCAUGUAUGUUACAAGUGACAUGCAUGUGGUUGUAAUUGUGUGUAAUUGUGAUUUUAUAAUUAUGUAUAUAUACUUGUAUAAUUCUAAUUUGGUGUAAAUACGUUUAUUGUCGGAUUAUUGCGGCAGAAUAUAUAUAUCAAUUACGGAUCAUUGCAAUUAUGUGUCCUUUGAAAUGAAAGUUCACCCAUCCCCAAAGCUGGUUUGAUAGGAACACACAGAUCAAAAGAUUUUUUUUCACAAUCUUGCAUAAAGCUAGUGCCUUCCAUGACUCUUUCUUUGUAUCAACCAUACUCGCCUGGAAUAAACUCCCUGCAGACAUAGUUAACUCAUUAUCUUUGGACUCCUUCAAAAGUAAAUUAAAUAUCAAUUAAUACUUCGAGCCACUAUAGCGUGCUCUCCAAGUUAGCGUAUUUUGCUAACUGAACGAUAAAGAUACAAAUUAGACAGAGAAAAAAGAAAGAAGAGAAAAGAAUAUACCAUGCUCUCCUCUGUGAUCAAAUUAUGUUUAUGUGUACAUGACUUUGUGUAUGAAAACCAUAUCCUACAUAAUGUAUUUUAAAAACGGGGCUGAUCCACUAUAGUCACAACCAGUGGGGGAUAAAGUAUUGGCCAGUUGUGGGGGCACAUAAAAUUGCUCCCACUUCCCCCCCCCCACCGAAUUCUGUGACAAGC